GUAGAGAUUUUUAGUUUCGAACCAAGGGCCUAAUCUUAUUAGUUUGCCAUCCAAAUCUUAUACGUACACAAUACAUUGUCUACAUAAUUUAUACUACGUAAAUGCAACUAACCAAAUAAUUGGGGGGGGGGGGGGGGGGGGUUUACUAACACAAAUUAAGUAACGUCGACCUAUCCCAAAAUAACGGCAAAUUCCGACUAUAUGGAAUGGGGAGGAGUAGUCCACGUGUACGCCCAAUAAAGGCCCAAGUUUACACGCAACCGGUUCAACCUGUGGAAACAUCCGCGUAAAGUGGGGAGGAGAGGCAGACUCACUCAGGGCGACUGGACCCAACCCCUUUUGUGGGUCCCAGUGCAAUUAAUGCACAACACCGGCCCUAAUCCACUGCCCUUUUCCGUACGGGUAGGUGACCGGCAAAUGCCAGUCGCUACCUUCUAUGCACAAUUGCAUACAUAUCUCUCUCGCACAUUUACAAAAUGGUCCUGUACUUUGAAAUAAUGGACAAACUGAUUUCCAAACCAUCAUUAGAGAUGAAGUUAUCGAUAAAGUACGAGAUAACUGAUGUAAUAAUUUAUUUAUUCUUUCUUCUAAAUCAAUGUGUCCAGUAGUUCGAAUUCAUGAUAAAAAUAGGUCAUACUAGCUUUAGAAUUAGCUCUCCAAAGAAACGAGGGAGGAAUCAACUGAGUUGUCGAUUGAUUUGGGUUGAAUCAAAUAAAGCGACGUGUUUGAUUUGGAUCAUAUCACAUCAUAUUGAGAAAAAAAAAGCUAACUGUAUUUGCUAAUACGAGAUUAUACGGUGACCGCUUUAUUGUUUGGGCUAAUAUAUGCUAAUUUAUGCAAUUUUGAAUGAAAGAAGUCGACGAAGAAUUAUCAGCUUGACUGUUCCGUUUGUUAUCCUAGCUUUAGUGACAAAUUUGCUAAAAUUCAACGGUAAAAUAAUCCGUUAUGAAUAAGCUGAAAAUGUAGUGGCCAUUUUGUAAUGUUACCAUAAAAUAACCCGUUUAUGAAUAAGCUGAAAAAAUAGUGGCCAGUUUGUAAUUUUACCCCCACCAUCUCCUUUCUCUCUCCCCUAUUCUCUCUCCAUAAAACCAAAUGGGAAACCUCCGCAUUCCAAGCUGUUGUCCAAACUCACCUCCCCUUUUCACACUCUCUGCUCUCCUUCCUUCCUUCCUUUCUCUAUACGCUCCAUCUCACCCGAAUUCGAAUUCGUACUAAUAUGCUCCUUGUCCCGUAGCAAUUUGAAGAACAUCAGAAGAAUCCUAGCUAGAGUUUGCGUUUGCCGGUCCGGCGAUCGAUCGAUGGCGAGGAGCGGCGGCGAGAGGGCGAAUAAUUCUUCAGCAUUCACGAUGUCGGGCGGCGGAGAGCUAGAUGAGAUUAUGCUCCCCGGGACCGGAUUCUCGGCGGGCGGAGGAGGGAUCUACUACGAUAUGCAGCAGAUGAUGAUGAUGCCGCCGCCGCCGCAGAGCGGAUUCGGCGGCGGCGGAUUCAUGGAGCUGCUCGACGCCAGCGGCGGCGGCGGCGGAUGCGGUGCCGAUUUCGGAGGAUACUCCGCUCCUUCUUCUCUGUUCGAUCUGUUCCAGAGCCCGUUCCCGGCGGCGGCGAACUCGACGGUGCAGCAGCUGGAUCUGCCGAUGUCGUCGUCGCCGGCGGCGGCGGAGUCGUCGGAGGUCGUCAACAAUCCGGCGACGCCGAAUUCGUCUAUCUCUUCCUCGUCGAAUGAAGGCGGGAACAGCAAGAACAGUAGCAAAGACGGAAAUCGCCUCAAAUCCGAAGCCGGAGGAGGAGACGAAGAAGACGAAGACGCCGAGGAAGAGCAGGAUCAAGAGAAAAACAACAGCGGCUCAAAAAAAAAGUUGAAGCCGAAGAAGACGAAGGCUCAGAAGAAGCAAAGGGAGCCCAGAUUCGCGUUCAUGACCAAGAGCGAAGUUGAUCACCUAGACGACGGUUACCGGUGGAGAAAGUACGGCCAGAAAGCCGUCAAGAACAGCCCUUACCCAAGGAGCUACUACCGUUGCACCAGCGCAGGCUGCGGGGUGAAGAAGCGUGUGGAGAGAUCCUCCGACGACCCUUCCGUCGUCGUGACGACGUACGAGGGCCAGCACAUCCACCCGUCCCCCAUCACCCCAAGGGGGAGCCUCCUCGCCGGCGGCGGCGUCGGAGGGAUCGGGCAUUUGUUCGCCGCCGCCGAUCCUUCCAUUCUACCGCCGCAGCAUCAUAUUCACCACCACUUCCAGCAACAGCAGCAGCUUCAGAAUGCGUACAUGUUAAACUCCGCGCCGUCUCUCACCACCACCUCCAACACCACAAGUGCUACAACGGCUAGCAUCCAGUCGGCCGCAACGGCGUCGUUUUUGAGAGACAAUGGGCUGCUGCAGGACAUGGUGACGUGUCAGAUGAUGGGGAAUGUGGUGGAGCCGAAGGAGGAGCAGAGAUUUUGAGAGGAGGGAGAGGAGGAGGAGGGUAGAGAUGUAAUAUCCACCUCGCCUCUGAAACAGCUAACGGAUGAUGAUGACGGUGAUGAGGUUCUGCUUUUCUCUCUCGUUUGACUUGGUUUUUUUUCGUUUUGACCGUGUUUGAAUCAUGGUCGACGUACGUGUAGAUACGGGGGGGACCCCUCAUUAUCAUUUGGGUGAUUAAGCGGUGAUGACUUGGGUUUAAUUAGUUAUAAUUAUCUCCUUCUUUUUUUUAAUUAACCAUCUGAUGGUGAUGAUUAAUGGGGGGAUCGAGAGGGGAAGGGAACUUGAUUAGUUAGCUAGUUAAAGCUCUAUAUAUUUAUACCUUAAUUCCUUCCUUCUUUUCUCUUCUUUCUGGGUUCAUGUUCUUCUUUUUUUUCUGUACUUUUUUUUUGGUAUCCAAGACUUUGUAUGGAUAUUAUCAUAUUAUUUACUAUAUAAUCAUCAGGUUAAUGAAUUACUAUGGCUAUAUUUGGGAUAUAAGUACUGAUAUUCUGUAUAAUUACUGUUUCUUAAUUACCUUCUGCUAGACAUCUUUACUCCUCGUUGCUCGAUUGAUCUCUCCUUUUUGCUGUAAACUUGCUCUCCUUAUUUGAUCACUGUAAGCUGCAUUUGGGUUUAGUACUUAUUAAUUACUGCAUUUUAUCAUGGUUAUGAGUUAAUUACCUAGCUAGGGUUAGGGUUUUACUUUUACCCAAAUUCUCGUUGGGUCAGCUGUGGUUUCGCUAUCAUAUAAAAGCUAAAUUGCAUGCUGGUUAAUUCCAUUUGUUUAGGUUUUGAAAAGAUGGGUUAUGAACUUGUCAAGUUGAGGUUGUGUAAAGUUGGAAACUUUUCUUUUUUUGUUUUCUAUCAAUGAUGGAUCCUUUUCUCUGGAAAUUGUGUACGAUUUUUACUUCGUUAAUGCUUUGAUUGAUUCAGUCUUCACAGCCAUUUAUAUUGACCUUGGUCUGCUGUUGACAUUGGUAUCUAUAUAGAUAUAUGGGUGGUGCGUGGACCGUUGUUGUUUUCAACUGGUCUUUUCCCACUUAGCCAACCCUUUUCAUACUUAAUUACGAGUUUACUACCUAAUUAGCCUCCACUUUAGGCAGACUAUUUAGAGAAAAUGGGUAAUUAAAGCUCUCAUAUCAUGUGAACUAGUAAGCUCACCAGGAUAAUGAGAUGCUCUUACUACAUGGUUUUUUUUCCCCCAGACCGAAACUUGCGAGAUUUCUUGAAUGAUCAUUGUAUGUCGUCGUAUAUUGUUAAUGUUUUGUCUUAGUUACACAAUGAUUCACAAGUGCAUGAGACAAGAUUCUAUUGAACUUGUCGUUUGGAGUAGAGAUUUGCUUUUGGUUUAAUACGAUAUAGAAUAAUUUGAAAAGGGUUAUUAAUCAGCUAGGGUUUAACAAUAUAUGCACACGCAUAUGGGUUUGCAGAGGGGGAAAAUAGGAAAGAUCUUUAGCGUAGGGUUAUGGUAUAUGUUCUCAUUUCUCAAUAUAUGAAAAGUGAGCAU